AUGAAGCGCGUGUUCAAAACAUGGUCCAAAACCAUUCCUGGCAAGGUUGAAUUCUUCUCCAGCGAGGGUUCAGACACCUCUAUUCCCAUCCCCAUCGUGCCGCUUCCAGGUGUAGAUGACUCUUACCCACCCCAGAAGAAAUCUUUCAUGAUGCUCAAAUACAUGCAUGACCACUACUUGGACAAAUACGAAUGGUUUAUGAGAGCUGAUGACGACGUUUACAUCAAAGGGGACAAACUGGAGAACUUCCUCAGGAGUUUGAACAGCAGCGAGCCCCUCUUUCUUGGGCAGACUGGCCUCGGCACCACGGAGGAGAUGGGGAAGCUGGCGCUGGAACCAGGCGAGAACUUCUGCAUGGGGGGACCUGGAGUGAUCAUGAGCCGGGAAGUCCUGCGGAGAAUGGUGCCCCACAUUGGCGAGUGCCUGCGAGAGAUGUACACCACCCACGAGGACGUGGAAGUGGGAAGAUGUGUACGGAGGUUUGCAGGAGUGCAGUGUGUAUGGUCCUAUGAGAUGCAGCAGCUGUUUUAUGAAAAUUACGAGCAGAACAAAAAAGGCUAUAUCCGAGACCUGAGGAACAGCAAAAUACACAGAGCUAUAACGCUGCACCCCAAUAAGAACCCCCCGUACCAGUACAGACUUCACAGCUACAUGCUGAGCCGCAAGAUAGCAGAGCUGCGCCACCGGACUGUACAGCUGCACCGGGAAAUUGUCCUGAUGAGCAAAUACAGCAAUACAGAAAUCCACAAAGACGACCUGCAGCUGGGGAUGCCACCCUCCUUCAUGCGAUUCCAGCCCCGCCACCGGGAAGAAAUCUUGGAGUGGGAGUUUCUUACAGGGAAGUAUUUGUAUUCGGGUGCCGACGGCCAGCCCCCUCGGAGAGGAAUGGACUCUUCUCAGCGUGAAGCGUUGGAUGACAUUGUUAUGCAGGUCAUGGAAAUGAUCAACGCCAACGCUAAGACCCGGGGGAGGAUCAUAGAUUUCAAGGAAAUACAGUAUGGCUAUCGCAGAGUAAAUCCAAUGUACGGAGCAGAGUACGUUCUUGACUUGCUGCUUCUGUACAAAAAGCAUAAGGGGAAGAAGAUGACUGUCCCCGUCAGGAGGCACGCGUACUUGCAACAGACAUUCAGCAAGAUCCAGUUUAUGGAGCACGAAGAGAUGGACGCCAAAGAGCUGGCCAGCAAAAUCAACCAGGAUUCUGGAUCCCUGUCUUUCCUCUCCAACUCGCUGAAGAUGUUUGUUCCCUUCCAGCUCAGCCGAUCCAAAGUAGAGAGGAAGGAACUCAAAGACAAGAAGAUCAACAUCCUGAUUCCUCUCUCCGGACGUUUUGACAUGUUUGCAAGGUUCAUGGGGAAUUUUGAAAAGACGUGCCUCAUUCCAAACCAGAACGUCAAGCUGGUUGUCCUGCUUUUCAAUUCCAACUCCAACCCUGACAAGGCGAAGCAGAUCGAGCUGAUGAGAGAUUACCGCUCCAAAUACCCCAAGGCUGACAUGCAGGUUUUACCGGUGUCAGGGGAGUUCUCGAGGGCACUGGCUCUGGAAGUCGGAUCUUCUCAGUUCCAGAACGAGUCUUUACUUUUCUUCUGUGAUGUUGACUUAGUGUUUACCACAGAAUUCCUCCAGCGGUGUAGAGCCAAUACGGUUUUGGGUCAACAAGUAUACUUUCCCAUCAUUUUUAGCCAGUAUGAUCCAAAGAUUGUUUAUAGUGGAAAAGUUCCUAGUGACAAUCAUUUCGCCUUCACCCAGAAAACAGGUUUCUGGAGGAACUAUGGCUUUGGUAUUACCUGUAUUUACAAAGGUGAUCUUCUUCGAGCAGGUGGCUUUGAUGUCUCCAUCCAAGGUUGGGGCCUUGAAGACGUAGACCUAUUUAACAAAGUCAUUCAAGCUGGCUUAAAAACUUUCCGAAGCCAAGAAAUUGGAGUAGUCCAUGUGCAUCACCCUGUUUUUUGUGACCCUAAUCUUGAUCCAAAACAAUAUAAAAUGUGCUUGGGGUCCAAAGCUUCAACUUAUGGGUCCACACAACAGCUGGCUGAAAUAUGGUUUGAAAAAAAUGACCCAAAUUUUGGGAAAAGCAGCAAUACUAAUGGCUCAGUGAGGACAGCCUAAUGUCCAGCUAUGCUGGAAAAGACUUUUUUUUUAAUUAUCUAAUUUAUUUUUGGGAAAAUGUUUUUUGAUAAUUCACUUUUAAAAGACCACACAGGAUAUAUUUUAGAAAUCAUCAUUGUUUUCUUACAAAGCGCUCGUUUUGAGAAGAACAAGGCCGCUGGUUUUUUUGUUGUUGUGUUUUUGGUUUUGAACAAAA